AUGGCUUCGGAAGCAGAGGACGAGAAAAGCUGGAAGGACCUCCUGAGAAAGAUGCUGCCUGCUGGCGCACCAUUGCCCGACGAAGAGCACCUCGACUACUCAAUCGCAGUCGAAUACCAAGGCCCUCCCUUGCCCUACGACGACCUCCCCAGGGUUGAUCCAGUUCAAAUCGACUCCCUUCAAACUUCUUCUGUAACUUCCCUUUCGGUUUCGGACCUCUCUUCCAUUCCGGUAGCUGUGCCGGUCGCUCAGAAGCUCUCGCGCUUCAAUCGGGUCAGGAACGGUGCUGGUGUAAAAGAGCCGCGCAGCAGUAGCACGGCCUCUUCUUCGGCUCCGAAGUCGCAACUCGAUUUGCAAAACGACAGGGAAGGAUCGGAAUUCGAAGGAGCAGACCAAGGUUUUAGCUCUGAAUUACCAGUUCAAGACUCGAAUCCCCAGCAGAAACCGAUCGGAACCACCGGAGGAAAGAGAGCGGCCGUCGUGACUUUCAAUACGCCAAGAGAUUCGGAGAACGAAGACGACCUCGAAAACGAUAACGAGGCUGAUAGGUCUUCGUCGCCGCAAUCGAGCGCCACCGAACCAGUGGGAUCGCCGAUUGCAUGGGCUUCUUCGCCUGGGAGGCGGACGAAUAAGAGAGGGAUUUGCAGCAGGUGCGGAAAAGGGAACAGAUUGAAGGAGAGAGAGUGGUGUUUGGUGUGCGACGCCAAGUUCUGUAGCAAUUGCUUGCUUAAAGCCAUGGGGUCGAUGCCAGAGGGGCGUAAAUGUGUGAGCUGCAUUGGGCAGCCAAUAGACGAGUCCAAGAGGUCGAGUUUGGGCAAGUGUUCAAGGAUCUUGUCAAGGGUUUGCAGCCCUUUGGAGAUUCGGCAGAUAAUGAAGGCCGAGAAGGAGUGCCCUGCCAAUCAGCUUCGACCCGAGCAGUUAGUUGUGAAUGGGAGGCUGUUGAGGGAAGAAGAACUGGCUGAGAUUUUGGGCUGUGAAUUGCCUCCUCAGAAGUUGAAGCCUGGGAGGUAUUGGUACGAUAAAGAUUCUGGCCUUUGGGGGAAGGAGGGAGAGAAGCCUGACAGGAUCAUUAGUUCAAAACUGAAUGUUGGAGGUAAGCUCCGGUUCGAUGCAAGCAAUGGGAACACCAAAGUGUUCAUGAAUGGCCGAGAGAUCACCAAGACUGAGCGUAGGGUGUUGAAGCUGGCCAAAGUGCAGUGCCCUCCAGAUACUCAUUUCUGGGUGUAUGAUGAUGGAUCUUAUGAGGAGGAAGGUCAAAAUAACAUUAAAGGGAAUAUAUGGGGAAAGGCAUCCACUCGUUUCAUUUGUUCAUUAUUCUCAUUGCCUGUACCACCUGGUAAUCAACACGGGGCAAACGAAGAUCCUACAACACCUUCAAGUAGGUCAGUCCCUGAAUAUUUGGAACAGGGAAGAGUUCAGAAACUUCUGUUAUUUGGCUUGGAGGGAUCUGGAACUAGCACCAUCUUCAAGCAGGCUAAGUUCUUAUAUGGUAACAAGUUCACUCCUGAAGAGCUGCAGAACAUCAAGCUCAUGAUUCAGAGCAAUAUGUACAAGUAUCUAAGUAUACUACUUGAGGGCCGAGAACGUUUUGAAGAGGAAGCAUUGACAGAGAAUAGGGCUACUUCGUCGGCUGCAGAAGAAUCUCCUUCAGUAGUUGAUGAAAGUGAGCAAUGCAUCUAUGCAAUCAACCAAAGGUUCAAGCACUUUUCUGACUGGUUACUGGAUAUCAUGGCAACGGGAGACUUGGAUGCAUUCUUCCCUGCUGCUACACGUGAGUAUGCUCCUAUUGUAGAUGAAGUAUGGAAAGAUUCUGCUAUCCAGGAAACAUACAAGAGGAGGGAGGAAUUACAUUGCCUUCCUGAAGUUGCCAAAUAUUUCUUAGAUCGGGCUAUAGAAAUAUCAAGUAAUGAGUAUGAGCCUUCCGAGAAUGACAUUUUAUAUGCUGAGGGAGUUACUCAAAGCAAUGGGCUUGCCUUUAUAGAAUUUUCUUUUGAUGAUAGAAGCGCUAUGUCUGAGCUAUACAAUGAAAACUAUGAAUGCCCCCCUCCCUUGACCAAGUAUCAACUCAUUCGCAUUAAUUCCAAAGGACUGAAUGAUGGUUGCAAAUGGCUGGAAAUGUUUGAAGAUGUGAGGGCGGUGAUAUUUUGUGUCGCAUUGAGUGACUAUGAUCAAAUGUGGGCCCAGGGUAAUGGUCUUCUUUGUAAUAAAAUGCUGGCAAGCAGAGAUUUGUUUGAGAGUUUGGUGAGGCAUCCGUGUUUCAGGAACACUCCGUUUGUGCUCUUGCUGAACAAGUAUGAUGCCUUUGAAGCCAAGAUAAACCUGGUUCCUUUGUCUGUCUGUGAGUGGUUGAAGGACUUCAGCCCCGUUAAGCCACACGGUAAUAUGCAGUCUCUGGCACAGCAAGCAUAUUAUUAUGCGGCGGUGAAAUUCAAAGAGCUGUAUUCAUCCAUAACUGGUGAGAAGUUGUUUGUGGCGCAGACCCGAGCUCGAGAGGGUACCUCAGUUGAUGAGGCGUUCAAGUACAUAAGGGAGAUCCUUAAGUGGGAUGAUGAAAAGAAUGAUAAUUUCUUUGCUAUAAAUGGGGAUGACUCAUUUUACAGCACGGAGAUGAGUUCUUCUCCUUAUGUCAGGCAAGAAUAA